CGGCUCUGUUAAGCGCUGGCAAUAGCAUACAUUCCUUGAAAUUGGGUCGCUGUGGGCAGUGCACAGUUAAUUUAAUUAUUUAUUCUUACCUUCCUUUCUAAUUAAAGAUUCAGUAAUUAGUCGAGAUUUAUAGGGAUUAAAAAUAGAACGCUCAUUACACCGUUUAUCAUCACGCAUAUUGAUUAGAAACUCUCCUCGUAUGUCAGUGUUUUCAAGAUUUGCUUUACCUUAUAGUGACACUAAAAGUAAUCAGAACUACGGAGAUACGUCUGCACCGACUUUGUAAACAUUUGGAGAAGGAUGUGGUGGAGAGAACAUAGUAGGAAAGGCACUUCGGUUUUCAAAAAUCUAUUCUGCUGCGGCGGAGAUACGAUAAAAGAACACAGAAGCUUUAGUUCGUUGGUUCAGAAUGACCGCAACAAUUAACAGAUCAGCAAGUGACGUUAAUGAUAUUAUAAACGCUUUUUUGAAGAGGCGUCAAAUACUAGUAGAAGACGCACCUUGGAAAGUCAGAGAAUCUCCCCUAGGAGGCCUCGGAAUUUUUGCUGAACACGACUUGAAUCCUGGUGAUAUAAUAUAUCGUGAUUAUCCUGUAAUUCUGGGACCAAGAUGUUUGGCCGAGCCCACUGAUAUGUGUGUGAGUUGUUAUAGCAUAUUAGAUCUUUCGCCAUGUCCAAAGAAAUGCGGCCUUCUACUUUGCUCAAAUUGUCAAGCUUCUCCCGCGCACAGAGAAGAAUGUGAGUUUCUUGGGCAAAGGAUAAGUGGCGACCGCUCAGACAAAAUUACAUCGCAUCUCACAAAUAGCUUAACACCUUUAAGGUCGCUAUUUUUAAGUCUUGAGGAUAAGGCUGUAGUCCUUUACCUUAAGGUAAGUAUAUAACGGGUGAUUUUUACGAGGUAUA